AUGAACUCUCUAAUCGGCGAAGAUGUCGAAGGAGACUACAGCCUCCGCGACCGGCAGUUGAGCGUCGUCAUACUGCUGGUGGUGGCUAUUGUGGCCGGUUUCGUUCGCGCUCUGCGGCGCAUCGUCAACAUCCCCGUGGUGGCCGUCGUCGUGGCGAUGGGCUUCAUCGCCGGUCGCUUGGUGAGCAAGUACGAUCUCAAGGAGAAGCUGCUGCCGGUCACUGACGCUCAGAUACGGGAAAUGCUGUUUCUCUAUCUGCCCGUGCUCAUGUUCACAGCCGCCUUUAACCUGCGCCACCAUCUGUUCAAGCAGUGCUUCUGGCAGUGCGUUCUAAUGGGCUUCGGCGGCCUCGUGUUCAGCACCCUGCUUUUCAUGCUGUACAUGUCCGGCACCCGCGACGCCGAGAAGCAGAACCUGGCGGAGACCGUGCUCAUCAGCCUGCUGACUUGCUGCGCCGAGCCCAUGUUCGUAUCAGACCUGGACGUGCUCUCAACGGCUCGCUCCCAUAUUCUGGAGACGAUCGUCAUGGGUGAGCCGUUGGUCGGAGUGACUUGUCUGUGGAUGGCUUACCGGUUCAGCACUUUGCCUGGGAAGAUCACCAUCUACACCUUCUUCAACACGGUGGCGUGCACGCUGUUCGUGGGGCCAAUAUUUGGCAAUAUUUUCGGUCGCGUACUUGCUAUGGCCACAAUCGCGCUGUCGCAAGAUUUACCCGUCUCUUUCAUCGUCAACGUUACCAGCGUGGUGGCCACAUGGUCGUUUGCCGAGAAGUUCCUGUACGGUGCCGGUAUCACCACGGUCGUCUCAAUGGGUCUCACCGCCAGUGCCCACUCGGCGGCUACCGUGCACAACCCAGUCGUGCUCAGGAAGUUCUGGAUGCUUAUGAGGUACGCUUAUAACGUCGUCAUCAUCUUCCUCUCGGCGUAUCGAAUCGGACGCGACACGCGUGACUACCUUGGCUGGCACGAGAUCAUGAGCCCCAUCAACGCGUACGUGGCUAAGAUCGGAGUGCGCUUUGUGACCACUCUCGUGCUGUAUCCCCUGCUGGCGUCGGUGGGGUACGACCUGAACUGGCAGCAAUGCCUGAUAGUGGCGUGGGCGAACUUCAAGGGUGCUAUCAUGAUCGGCCUCGACCUGACCAGGGCCUUCCCCACAGUAAACCUCGAGUUCGCGCUCAAAGAACAGUUUAUACGCAUGGGCACUAUGUUUCUUGUCCAAGUGCUCAACACUACCACGCUGCCAAAGCUAAUGUCGAUGCUAGGACUGCUGUCGCUUUCGGAUGUAGAGAGGGCCAACAUGAACAUGGUAAUCAUGGCGCUUCGCAACACGUCUCGCGCGUCGACAAAUUUUCAGCGUCGUGACAAGAAGUUCUCGGGAGCCGACUGGAAAUGGGUCCAAAUGCACACUUAUAUCGACAACCCGUACGCUGGCGCUGAAGAGGAAGAGCGCGCGGAACAGACAGACUCUUACGUUCCCGCACGCGUAUACAGGAAUGCUGCCGCGAAGAAGGCGAGUGGUUGCAUUUUGAGGUUGCAGAAGGUCUGCUACAACAAGCAGUACGAAGAUGGUAUGAUCCAUAACAAGACAAAAGCCACCAUUUUGGCUGCCCUGCAGUAUCCGUUGGAGAAGGAAGGCUAUCUCGACUACGCCAUGAUGAAACCCUUCAUAACUGUCCCUGAAUGGAUCUACCGACUGAAGGAUCUCGUGCAGCGUUUUGCCGGCAAUGAAGCUAUCGAAAAGCGUCACACCAGAUCCAGUCGUUCGCGCACCGAAGAAGAGGAGGACGACAUAGAAAACGUGACCAUGCUUUCCGCUAUGCUGAAGGAAGGUUGGUACCACGUACUCGUCGGCUUUGUGGCACUUGGUUUCGUGCUUCUACUGAGCGGCCUGGCUCUGUUCAUGGUCAAGAAGAAUACCGAACCAGCGCACCACGAGCUGCUUCUCUCCAUUGUCACCUCUGUACAGGGCAUUUAUGUCCUGCUCUACUCUCUCGAGAUGGUGUUGCUCGUGUACAAUGUCGGUGCGCUUCGCGUAGGAAGAGACGUCUGGAAACAACUGGACGUCAUAAUGUAUUUCCUCGUGGUCGCCGAGUUCGUGCUCAUCAGCAUGGCUUCCGUGCAGAGUGAAAAGCAGGGAAAAGUGUACCCCAUUGUCUUGCAGGUCAGCUUUAUUACGCUGGUCUCGUGCCGUAUCGUCAAGACCCUGCAGAAGCGCGUGGUGCUACUCCUGUGGAUAUGGGACGUGCUAGACGGUAUCCUGAACCGGAAGCUGUUCUACGCAUACGACUUGAGCUGGGCGUACAUCACGGCGGAGGAUGAGGCCAUGGCAAAAGUGUUCCGCUUUGUCACUCAGCCGCACCUGGCCGUCGCCAUACGUGAGAACAGCGGCUACAACAAGCUGCAGACGCUGAAAAACGUCGUCGACAUCCAGCAGCGUUACCCCAACAUCGAGGUCGCCACCAAGACACGCCAGGCAGCGCGCAGGAUCCUCAACAAAGCGCUCGAUGGCCUUAAAGAACUGCAUGAGGGUGGUCUGCUGGAUGACAAACAGUUCGGCUUGCUUUUCGGGAACCUGUCCUGGAUGAUCCAGCGUGCCGACGGCAUGCCAACCAACGUCGCUGUGGGGAACGCGGCGUUUAACACGAUGCUCAGCGUUCCUUGGCUUACGCAUGACGUUGUGCCCAGACUGCUGCAGUCCUUCUACCAGUACCUGAAGGAAGGCGAGCUCCUCGUGGAAAAGAACAAUAUGCAUGACUGCGUCUUCAUCAUCUGCUCGGGCAUCGUGCGUGUGAGUGGAUGCAACGAGGAACCCUGGGCAAACCCAGUGCACCUGGCCAACUCGGAUUCGACACACUUCUACUUCUGCGAGGGCGCCUUCCAGGACUAUCUGGUAGCUCCGGACACGCUCGGGCUUCUAGGCUUCCUGACGGCCAUGCCUUCUGUGUGCCAGUGCAUCUGCGAGACGGACGUCGAAAUGUGCUGCAUCCCCAUGGAAGAGAUGACCUUGCUGGUGGAGCAGUACCCCGAGGCGCCAAGUCUCGUGUACCGUAUGUGGUUCAGUGUCGCCAUCCGCGUGGGCCUGGCUGUACUGGUCAAUCAGAAGCGGUACCAGGAAUGGACGCACGACAAGCUGAAGCGGUUCCUGGAGAACGGGAUCAUGCCAAACCUGUACUACGCCAUCGACUUCGUGCUCGACGAGGCAGUGUUGGACGUGAUCCUGAUCCAGGGAGUGGUCCAGUGCUCGAAGACGCAGGAGCUCUACACGGGCCCAACGUACAUCCCGAGCAACGUGCGAGAGAUGAACCUACCGGGAAGCCCGUCGGUACGCGCGCGGCCCAUCAUGCUCAUCACCACGGUCAUGCGCUACCACCUGCCGAGUGACCUGGACUGGUUCCACCAGCCGCUCACUCACUACGAUUACAAGAAGCAGCGAGCUUAUUCCAUGGCAGUCUCUCGCCCUGGCUAAGGCCAAGUUCAUUGACCCGGACUCGCUUCCUCCUUGAUACCGUCAACGCCACGUCACUCUUCAUCUGUCAAUCACUUCAUUCGCUUAGACUACUUCAGAACGUGCACACAGAACGUGCACGGACUCGGUCAAACAUGUCACUUUGAUUGUUCGCCCAUUUUCGUAACCGCAACGCCGCCGCAUCAUUAUUUUACGCAAUUGCGCCCGUAUAAACGUUGCACUAUAGUGCCGGAAAGGUCGUGCUGUUCGAUCACUUUGCCUGCACAAAAGUGAUAUCUGAGCUCUCGCGCCGACAGCAUAAUACCCCACCUUACAGCUGUUCGGAAUAAUUCGGCCUCAGCAAUAAAUCCACGGGUGUGUCUACACUGGCCAAUCUGCAUUAACGCGUUAACAAGGUCGGCGUGUUUUAGCAUGCCAAACAUGCUACCGGUACGGACGAUUACGGAACUUUGCCGCCUACUCGCCAACCCACGCCGAAAAUCGAUUUGGCUUCGUGCUACGCUGAGUGGACUUCUGAGUUUCAAGAAAAUGAAAGUACUCAAGAAGCUAACAGCCGGCAAGCGAUGGCGCUUCAAUUGCCAGGUAUGACACACUCGUCAUAAUACUUUCAAGCGCACUGGAACAAAAGGGCGCCUAUAGUUUGGUCUGGAAGCAGUCGAAGAAAUUGAAACAAUUCGACUGUAUGCGGUCACCCCUUCGUGAUCAAGUUGUGGCAGAACAUAGUCUGUUAUGCUUAGUGCUCUUUGAACAUGGUAUGCGCAAGAGCGCUUAUUAAACUGAAGGAAGCGGUGGGGCGACUUGCAGAAUUUAUUCUUCUAGUGCAUGCUUACUCUUAAAUUUAUUUGAGGAGGAGGCCUGAGGCGCAUGAACGCUGUCUGAAUAGGUAUUCAACCUGAACUUGUAUUCGGCGUCAAGGCUUCCUUAUCGGAGCUAGCGAGAGUGGUAUAAUUUAAAGGCCGUAAACUGGUGGUUUUAUCCGCAGUUUCAUAGUGGCAUAGUUACACCACCGGCAACAGCAGGUGCUACACGUCGAGGCAUUCGUUGAAGUCGGCGAGGUGUAGGGAGAGCGUACAUCCAAAUGAAGGGCCACCGUCUGCAGGUCUUCUUAACAAGCUUGAGGAAUGUUUUCGAUAACGGCGCCCCAUGCCACAGUUCGUAAUUAAGUUGGUGUUCAGUACAUGAUCAUCAUGAUCAUCAGCCUAGUUACGCCCACUGCAGGGCAAAGGCCUCUCCCAUACUUCUCCAACUACCCCGGUCAUGUACUAAUUGUGGCCAUGUUGUCCCUGCAAACGUCUUAAUGUCAUUCGCCCACCUAACUUUCUGCCGCCCCCUACUACGCUUUCCUUCCCUUGGAAUCCAGUCCGUAACCCUUAAUGACCAUCGGUUAUCUUCCCUCCUCAUUACAUGUCCGGCCCACGCCCAUUUCUUUUUCUUGAUUUCAACUAAGAUGUCAUUUACCCGCGUUUGUUCCCUCACCCAAUCUGCUCUUUUCUUAUCCCUUAACGUUACACCUAUCAUUCUUCUUUCCAUGGCUCGUUGCGUCGUCCUCAAUUUCAGCAGAACCCUUUUCGUAAGCCUCCAGGUUUCUGCCCCGUAGGUGAGUACUGGUAAGA